AGCAGCGCCCUCUACCGAUGGCUGGCGCUGACGUGUGGCCAUGCCCGACCACUCCCUCCCCAGUCUCCGCCCGCACGUUGUCAGAGCUGGGAAGCCGCUGUAAGCGCUGCCGUCUCCUCAGCCUUUCCUUCUUGCCGGUAACUGGAGCACCGAGCCGGGCGCGCUCCUUGCUUUGCUUCCCGGGGCGGCCCGCGCCAUUAUGUCUCGUGCCGUCCCGCUCCUCUUGAUGCUGUUCUGCUUGGCCCAGCGCCGCGCCUCCCUCGCCGGGCCCACCGCCUCGUCUCUGGAGAGCGCGGCGGACCCCUGCCUCAACCAGCCCUGCAAGAACAACGGCACCUGCACGCCGGUCUUAGCCAAACUGCCCGCCGCGCCCCACCGCCUGCCGUUGCUUUUCCUUUUGCCUCAGCCUGCUUAUAGCUGCCUCUGUCGCCCGGGGGUCACCGGCACCGAAUGCCAGUUUGUUUCAGAUCCAUGUGCCAGCAACCCUUGUCACCAUGGCAACUGCACUAGCAAUGGGGAUGGAUAUCUCUGUGCUUGUAAUACUGGCUAUGAAGGUACAAACUGUGAAUAUUCAUUUUAUGGUUCCCCAGUGUCUGGGUGGACAGAAUCAGAGUUGCCAAGUGAAAAUAGGCCAGGAGCAGCCACCAUGGAACCGGACAUUAUCCUGCCACGAGCCCAAGCAACAGUGACACUACCGACAUGGGAACCCAAGGAGGGGCAAAAACUUGUGGAUCUGAAAUGGGAUGAAGUAGAAAUAAUCCCUGAUGUAGCCUGUGGAAAUGCCAGCUCCAAUAAUUCUGGUGGGGGUCGCCUAAUAUCUUUUGAAGUUCCACAAAAUACUUCAAUAAAAAUAAGGCAAGAUGCCACUGCUUCCCUUAUCCUGUUAUGGAAGGUGACCACAGAAAGGUUUAAACAAUGCUCACUUAUAGAUGCCACAAGCAUUACUCUUCUCCAAGCAAUGGGUGGACUUGUCCUAGCAGAGGAGAUGCUGGAAUUGGGAAACAACUAUUUCAUUGGUUUUGUGAAUGAUUCUGUUUCCAAAUGCAUCGUGGCAUUACGCUUGACAGUCAUAGUAAAAGUCAGCAUGUGUUUGCCUGGAGGAAUCCAGUCUGAUGGCUUUCAGUGUUCUGGGAAAGGCAAAUGUAUUACAAGAGCAUCUGAGGCAACAUUUUUCUGUGACUGUGACAAUGAAUACCUGGGUGUUUUCUGUGAAGAAUUUAAUGCCUGUCAAAGCAACCCUUGUCAGAAUAAUGGAACUUGCAUGGAUAUGGCAGAAAAACAUGUUGGAAAAAAUUUCUCCUGUACUUGUCUUCCUGGAUAUACUGGGGGAAUGUGUCAGUCAGAGAUUGACUAUUGCAUUCAACAGCCUUGCAAGAAUGGAGGGACCUGCUAUUCCAGUAGCAGUAAAUUCAAUUGCCAAUGUCCAGAAGGAUUCCUGGGACCAACUUGUGCAGAUAAAGUCGAUUAUUGUGCUUCAUUUCCUUGUCAGAACAAUGGGACCUGUUAUACAGAUCGACUCUCCUAUUCUUGCAGCUGCAGUUCAGGUUUUACGGGACCUACCUGUGCCCACCUGAUUGACUUCUGUGCUCUGAAUCCUUGUGCUCAUGGCAUUUGUCGCAGUGUUGGAACAAGUUAUAAAUGUCUCUGUAUUCCAGGUUACCAUGGUCUUUACUGUGAGGAGGAAUAUAAUGAGUGUCUUUCAGCUCCUUGUCAGAAUGGAGCUACCUGCCGAGACCUUGUCAAUAGCUAUGACUGUGUAUGUCUUCCUGAGUAUGAAGGAAGACACUGUGAAUUAUAUAAAGAUCCUUGUGUAAACAUCAGCUGUCAGAAUGGUGGGACUUGUGACAGCGAAGGGCUAAAUGCUACCUGUAUCUGUGCACCUGGAUUUACAGGUGAAGAAUGUGACAUCAACAUAAAUGACUGUGAGAGUAACCCUUGUCACCAUGGAGGACUGUGCAUAGACCAACCUAAUGGAUAUAGUUGCCAUUGUCCCCGUGGAUGGGUUGGUGCAAACUGUGAAAUACAUCUACAGUGGAAAUCAGGGCACGUGGCUGAGAGUCUGACAAAUAUGCCUCGGCAUUCUCUGUAUAUCAUAAUUGGAGCCCUGUGUGUAGCGUUUGUUCUGAUGUUGAUCAUUCUUAUCGUGGGGAUCUGUCGCAUCAGUCGUAUUGAAUACCAAGGUUCAUCUAGGCCAGCCUAUGAAGAAUUCUACAACUGUAGGAGCAUUGACAGUGAUUUCAGCAGUGCUAUUGCUUCUAUCCGACAUGCCAGAUUUGGAAAGAAAUCUCGUCCUGCAAUGUAUGAUGCAACUCCAAUUGCUUAUGAAGAUUACAGCCCUGAUGACAAGCCUUUGGUUACACUGAUUAAAACAAAAGAUUUGUAAUCUAUUUAACAGUCGUUUUGGGGGAGGGGAUUAUUUUUCAAAAGGAUGGGCUACUGAAUUAAUUCAAUAUUUUUAAGAUGAAGCAAGUGUAUGAAAAUUAAAAUGUUUAGCUGCUCCAGAAUUUUCUGUAGAUUAUUUAAGAACAGGUUUUCUGCAGCUUUUUGUUUGAAGGAAAUAUUUUAAACUGAAUUUGUGAAAUUUAUUAUUUCUCUUUUACUGUACUUCAGCAUUAGAAACUCUAAUCUUAACAAGUAGUGUGUUGUUGCUUUUACCAAUCUCAGAUGAGUACAGGCAGAAUAUGAUAUGUUAAGCAAUGAAAAUUUCUCCUUAAUGUAACAGUGGCAGCAUUCUUAGUAGACUUAGGAAAAAUGUAAAACUUGAUAUAUUCAUUAUUGAAAAAAUGAAGUCCGAAAUGUUUGUGUUUGUGAAAAGGAAUUUAGUAAAAAUUAUUAUUCUUAAACUGAAUGAAUUAGCUUUCUCCCUCUUUUGUGCAUGGAUAAUCUUUCUGUAUUAUGUUCCUGAAACUUGCUAAAAUUUGGCCUUGAGUUGGUGUUUGUCAUUUUUGUAAUGGUAUGCAAGGUAAGCUUUGUAAAAAUUAAUAUAUCAUUGAAGUGCCUAUUAAGGCAAAAAAGGGGGUGUUCCUAUUGCUUUGAAAUUAAUUUCAGUUGAUUUCAUAAUGCUGAGGAUUAGAUCUUUGUAUUGGAAUUACGUUUACGUUAAAAAGUCCAGUUUUUUUUAAUAGUGCAAGUAAACAAAACAUAUAAUUUGAACAGUUUGUCUCUCAAAUGUUAACGUAAAGUAUUACUCUUGUUUACAAUAUUGUGUAAUUCUCAUAGUGCAUCUUAUUUACACAUGUGGGACUUUUGUGGCUCUAUUUGACUGCUUAUGUGUUUCAAGAUUUUUGCUCAUUUCAAAGAAUAUUGAAUAAAUGUGACCAAUUCAAGUGGCAGCUCAUUUGUUUUGCCUUCAGCUGUUACGACUGUGAGUGCCCUUGAAUGUAAGCCAUAUGCCUUAUAAUUAUAAUGUAAACCAGUCAUGGUGUCUUGAGAACCAGUUCCAUUUUAUUUAUAUAUUUUGAACAUUUUCAAAUGUAACAUAUUUUUGGUUUGUAUAAUGUGGAGUUGGCUCAUAUUGUUUGUAAUAUGAGCAACUGCCAUUUAGCACAAGUGUGGAUUUUGAACACGGUAUAAUCAUGUGAUAGGGACUGUUUUCCUUCAUCUCAAAACAAGACCUACAGAUGCAGAACUUUCAUUUUCUACUAUAUUUUUCUUCGCUUUCUUUCUACAUAUGUAUUUCCUGCUGAAUGGUAUUUUUCUGUGCUUCCAAAUAUUUAAUAUUUAAUAACUAAGUAUGCCCAAGAUAGUUAUAUUUUAUUAAGACAGUAAGAUCUUUAGUAAGAUCUUUAAGUGUUGUCAUCUACCCAUUAUUUUGGGGAUCUGAAUGGACCAGAUACCCAGAAUGUAAUGGUUAUUGUAGACAGCAGUACCUCCUUGGUAUAUUUAAUUUGAUAGAUGAGUGGAAAGUACUUAGAGGGCAAUGCAUUAUGGAUACAAUAGUGGAAAAAGUCCUAAAGUUUACAUCUCGUAGGGAGACCAAAUGGCAGUGGGGUAGGGAAGAAGGCCAGCAGGUAGGAGAGAGAGAGAGAGAGUAAUUGAAUAUAAACAAUCAAAGGUUCUUGUCUGUGUGUACUGACUAAUACAGGAUAACUCAUAGGAUGUUAUUUCACUAGCAUCCUCACCUUAUUUCUCAGUUGCAGCUGAAGUGGGACUAUAAGUUGCAUACAAAUAUAUUGUAUUUUUAGUAAAAUAAUUGCAGAGAGACAUGGUCAGAUACAUCUGCUGGAAUCCUAAGUGGACAACUGCCAACUGAAGUAGACAGCAUGGAUCAGAUGGAACAGUUUUAGGACAUCAUUAUACCAAUAUAUCAUUUCUAGAAGCUACAUAACAAUUCCAAAUGGCAUUUCUGUAUCAUUAUCACUCUAUUAUGGAAGUGAAGAAAACUGCUACUCGGUAUGUUCAUGGCUGUGAUUUAUGUUGCCUGAAAGCCUCAUGCAAUGUAUAUAUGUAUAUCAAUGGCUAGCAGGAAGCAUUGGUAUACUAUAUUAGUAAGUAAAAUUUAAUUUUUCUGAGAAUAAUUUCCCAUAUUUUUGUUUGUGCAAUAUUUUUUAUUUGUUAAUUGUUAGAUUUAAUACACACCACAUACCAUGAUUUUAAUGGUUUAUAAUUUACAAAUGGUUUAUCGAACUGAAAAUGGGGUUUUGGAACACAAAUAAAUAUCUUAUGAUCCA